GAUUGACGGCAGCUCUGAAGACAGGUUCACCCUGCCAGGUUCAAAACAAAAGAGUAUCCAACAUCUGCCAACAUAAUUUGAUUUCCUGUUGGAUAAAGGGGAGGGGAGUAUUCCUAGAAACAGCAAAACCAGUUACAGGAAUGGACUGCCAUUUUUCUGUCUGGGCAGUUCUGGCCUUCCUGAGUUUGGCUCUGCUUGUUUCAUUGUCACUGAAUAUUUCACACUGUAUGAAAAAGAAGCAAGCUAAAAUGCAUAAAGACUACGAAGAGAACAAUCCAAGCUAUGAUGGCUAUGACACAGAAGAUUAUCCAGUUUAUGGCAAUCUCAAUCAAGAUAUUUUAGAAGAAUGUUGUUAUGAGCAGAUGAAGUCCCAGCCUCAAAGACCAGUUAACCAGCUACAGGUGGAGCCUGCCAAUCAGAUGUGUUAUGCCUCACUUGAUCACAGUGCCAAGGGAAAAUGCAGAAAACCAAGGAGAAAGAAAGAUCCUUCAUUAGAAGAUGAUGAAGAAGAAAGAUCAUCUAACCCCAUGGUGUCUUCCAAAGUUAGCAUUUACCUCAAUAGUGAGCAGCUGGCUGCUGAAAACACAGCAAAAGUAGAAGCCAUUCAUGAUGAUCCCAUCAGAUUAAUGGGCUUGAUUCAUAAUAAAAAAGGGGAGAACCGAAUAUGUAGCGAACCAAAAAUGUAACCAUAAAGGGAGAUUUGCUUUUUCAUUCUGGAGGAGCAAUGAAGGAUUAGGGAUAAUAUUCUGGAAAGCUGACAUAUAAACAGUGGUAUGAAAUGGGUAAGUUAAGUGUUCCAAACUGUCUGCCAAGAAUAUUUAUAGACUAAGCAAGACAUAGGUCCAGACUGCACUGGGAUGGAUCUGCCCUUCAGAAGACAAUUUGAAAGAGCUGCAGAAGGUGGCAGCUCACCAUUCACAUGGUAGUGAUUCCAGUAAAAAUUGAUCCUGUUUUAAACAAUCAUCAGAUUUCAAGCAGUUCUAUAAGAUCCUCUCGUUGUCUAUAGAGCUCUAGCAGAGUACAAUUCUGUAUUAACUUCAAUACUUUUGAAAUGAGAUUGUAUAUCAUACUUUCACACUUGAUGAUUAUCUGUUUUACCAAUUAAGAACUGAUCUGCUGCUCCACAUUGUGAACUUUCUGACUGCCAGUGGUCUAUGGCAAUGACUGGAGAAUAAUUUAACAGCUGAUUUGAAGUAGUAAUUGUACAUCUCAUGAAACUUAGCAGUAUCUUUAUAUACCUUUAGUUUCCUCUAACAAUACUAGAAUACAUCUCAAAUCUCAAUUCCUCUACUAUGUAAUGCUGUAUAGAGCUGCAUUCAAGGGUCCACAAAUAUAUUAUCAAACCAUCAAUAACAAUAAAUCUAGGGAGAAUUUCUUCCUUCUAAUACUCUAUGUUAUGUUUACAUUCCUAUUGGGUUUUCCAUUGCCAUCCUUACUAUUUUACAAAAACAAAACCAGCUUUUUAUUUCCCUAAACGCUUCUCUCCCUGUGUGCACAUUCAUUUGAAGACUAAAUUCUGUAAAUAAAUGGUAACUUUUUAGUGGGUAUCUAUUUUUAUAUUCUGGGAGUCCAUUAAGUAGUCACAGCAGGAAGCAAAGCAAGUUAAUGCAAUGUGUCUGCCUCUAGGUGUCAGACACUUCCACCUUCUCAAAAAAACAGGAUAUUGGAGCCUUUAAAAUCCACACAGAGCAGUGGCAAGGAAUUUGAAACCCUGAAGCACACAGAGCCCUAAAACUGUGUGAGGUCCUGAAAGAGAUAGACCUGGAAACAAGAGGCACAUAGUACAGAGAGCCAACACCACCUAACAGCAGAAAUAGUUGGACACACCAGGGAAUGAGACAAAUCUAUGGAGGGAGGGAAAAAAAAAUAAAAAACAUCAAUAGUUAAAUUCAACCUGUCAUUUUAGUCUGAUAACUAAUUUAAUGGAAAUAAAGUACUCACUUCUCUCAUGGAGUAUACAUAUAACAGUAAGUCCAUUUCAUGGAAUUUAAGUACAUUUAGUUUCCUUUCUAGUCUCAGUCUUCAUUGUUUAGUUCAGCUAUGUGUUUAUGCCAAUUUUCAUCAGCUGCUUUCCUUUGCAACAUAGUUUGUUCAAAGAGCAGGGCAUUUAUGUAAAUAUUCGCUAUAUAUAUACAUAUAUAUAUAUAUACACACACACACAGACACACACUUCCUUUUCACAUUUAAUCACUGCCUCCAAUAAAUUACUGAUUGUGGCUCUCAGACAUCCUAUCAACUAUUUCCAAGGCAUUUGUAAUGCUGCCACAUUCAAAUUUAGCUUUAUUUUUUUGCUCUUUACCCUCCCCAUCUGCUUAAAUAAGCAAUCUAACAACCUAAUAUUUUUAACGAGUUUUGGGGUAGUUUUCAAGUGACUACCAAAUCCUUAAAUGAAAAAACAUGUUCAAUAUUGCUGAAGAUCUUCAAGACAUUAGAGAAAGACCUACAUAAACUAUCAUAUACUGGUUAAAUUCUUUUCAUAUAAAGCAAGUUUCAACUAGCUACAACAGAAGAGGAGGUGCUAGGUUCUAGGUUUAUACUGUCUCAGUAACCUCAUCUGUUUUUCCACUAUUCCUUAAAAACAAAAAGUUUAUAGCAAAGAGAAGUAGAGUAAGGCUCUUUUAUUAAUGGUAAGCUUAACAUUCAGGUUCAAUGGAACAGUAAAGAAUGAGCAAACAAGAGGAAAUAUGGUGGAAAAAGCAAAACUGAUUGGAAGGGUAGAAGAAUGGAACUCAAAACAAGAGAGCAGGUAACACCAUUGAUAUCUUUGUGAGUUGAGACAGAUGUAUUCCAGCAGUAAUUAUAGCAUUUGAUAAUCAUUGCAGAUGUACCUGGCUAAACAGUGUCAUUAGGAAAAAUUAGACUCCUGCUUGUAUCAUAUUAUUAAGAGUCUGCUGACUCACAUGAUGUGGAAGGAUCAGCUCUAAAAAUACAAACUCUUUCUCACUUUUUUGCUACUGCUAGCAAAACAUGGCAUUGGCAUGAUCUUAUCUUCCAAUAUGUACAGAUUUUCCAAGAAUGACCUCUUUAAAUUAUUUCAAAGUAAUCUUCAUGGAAACAACUGUGCUAUGUUGAAUAAACAAACUUACCUUCCUUA